UUGGAUCAAUGAUGAAGAAGAUGAGGUUAAUGAUGAUGCUCAGGAGAUGCAAGAGCGUGUCCACACAAUUGGGUCGUUCAUAUUCUUACACAAGUCUCAGAUCCCAAUCGGCCAGGAGAGAUAGCCAAGAGCAUCUCCAUGACGUCGACCAAGGCCCUACACCGUCUUUGUACCAGACAGUGUUGGUUGGACGUUCGAAGAAACCUUACUUGAUCAGUAAGAAACACCUGAAGCAUCCCCUGCUCAACGCUCUCGUAGAGAAGCAACAGAGAUACGAAGGAGACGAUAAAGAGGAUGGAAGUUGUAUAAUCACGGUGAAAUGUGAGGUCGUUUUGUUCGACCAUCUUCUGUGGUUGCUCGAAAACGGAGACCAGAGUCACAUAUUGGAGUCUCUAGAUGACUUUGCCCAUCUCUAUCUCUCCCCUUGAUUAGGAGGUUUCUCUUGUUCUUGUUUUUUUUUUAUAAAUAUAAUUACAAGUUUCACUUGCUUAUCGUUGUUCGAAAUUUCGAAUUAUAACUUUAAAUCUUUGUCUUUUCCCCUGAAAUGUAAAGUUUACCGACAAGCGAAGGUUAAUGACUUCUGUUGGUGAAGGACAAGACGUCCUACCAAAGUGUGUUUAUUUAAAUCCGAUGACUAUU